AUGGCUCAUGCUAAGAUCUCCAUGUAUCUACCUCCCAACAUCAAUCCUGCCCAGGCUGAAAUUGCCUAUGGCUGCCUAGCCCUGCCCAAGCUGAACAGAGAACUGCAAUCAGCCGUCCUGCUGACAAGACAGAAAGCCCUUGUGGCCCUAUGUGACCUCAUGCAUGACCCCGAGUAUGUCUACGAGGCCAUCCAGAUAGGUUGUCUGGAGAGCCUGAAGGGCUUGCUGAAGGAUGGUGAUGACCUGGUACGGAUAAAGACCACUGAGGUGCUCCACAUCAUAGCGACCCAUAGUGUGGGCAGAAUCAGCUUUUUAGAGCAUGACAUCAUCUUUGCCCUGUCCUUCCUGCUGAGUGACCCCAACAACCGCUGCCGGGAGAACAUGCACCUUGCCUUCAAACACCUGUCUCAACUGCCCGCAG